AUGGGUAACAGGCCUAUUUCGGCAAACCCGAGACUAUGGCAGUGUCUCCCUGCAGAGAAGCAGUACAUGCUCGAAGGCGCAUUAGAAUUCCGCAGGUUGGAAGAACAGAUUGCCACUCUGGAAGGCGCGAGAGACAAGGAAUCUAUCCGCUCUCGAAAGGCCCUGUACAACGAGAAACGCCGGUUAGAGGAUCAAGAGCUCCGCGAUUGGCAAAAACGGCAGCCUAUCAAGUACGACGACCCACUAGGAUAUCAUCAGGCCAUCUUUGAUCAAGCCUGA